CAAGCAAAUAGACAGUGGGUGGUCAGUAAACUUGAGGGCAAACUCAGAAUGCAGCCAACCCUUAAAUGUGUUGAAGCUUUGGAAUAUUCCAAGCAAGAGUUUGGAGUGCACAUUGAAGUUACAAAGAUGUGGAGAGCCAUGAAAGAAGCAAAGCAAUUAGUGGAAGGGAAUGAGAGGAAACAAUAUGCCAAAGUAUUUGAUUAUGCACAUGAAUUGUUGAGGAGCAAUCCUGGAUCAACAGUUAAGAUCAACACAGUGCCAAGUCCAGAAGGUCCACCAUAAUUUCAGAGGCUAUAUAUUUGUCUUGCUGGCUGUAAGAAGGGGUUUGUUGCUGGAUGUAGACCAUUCAUAGGUCUAGAUGGAUGUUUCCUAAAGAGUGCAUUUGGAGGAAACUUGCUCUCUGCUGUUGGGCUUGAUGGCAAUAACCACAUCUUUGUUAUUGCUUAUGCUGUUGUGGGCAUUGAGAACAAAGACAAUUGGAAAUGGUUUUUAACUUUGUUGCAUGAAGAUCUUGGGGAUUACAUACAGAAUGGGUGGAAUUUCAUGUCAGACAUGCAAAAGGGACUUAUUCCAGCUUUACAGAAAGUCAUGCCUAGUGAACCUCAUAGAUUCUGUGUCUUGCAUCUUUGGAAAAAUUUUACAAAGCAAUGGAAAAGCAAGGAACUUAAAGGAAUUGUGUGGCAAUGUGCAAAAUCCACUACUGUUGCUGAGUUUGAAGGCCAUAUGGCCCAUUUGAAGACAAUCAACUGCCAGGCUUGGGAGUAUUUGAAUAAAUGGCCCAAACAAGCAUGGACAAAAGCCCACUUCAGUACAAUACCCAAGGUGGACAAUAUAUGCAACAACACUUGUGAGGUAUUCAAUUCCAGAAUUCUGCAGUAUAGAUGCAAGCCUAUUAUCACAAUGCUUGAAGAAAUUAGAAGUUAUAUCAUGAGAACCAUGGCUGCCCGCAAGGUUAAACUUUCUGGAAAACUUGGACCAUUAUGUCCCGUGCAGUAUAAAAGACUAGAAAAAGAAUUUCAUUUCGCUAAUCAAUGGAAUCCCAUUUGGUGUGGUGAUAACAUGGGCCUGAGAUAUGAGGUCCACAUGUGGGGGAAUAAGGUUGAGGUCAAUUUAGGUGAAUGGACAUGCACUUGUGGAGUAUGGCCCAGACACAGUAUACACACCCUGUUCCACCACAGCAUUUUAUUGAACCAGUCCAAGGACCACAAUAUUGGGCCCAGACACAGUAUACACACCCUGUUCCACCACAUAAAAGGGUCCAAAGAGGAAGGCCAAAGAAAAAUAGAAGGAGAUCUGUAG